CAAUGAGAUGCCAUGGUAAGCUCCAUUCUUAGUAUAGAGAUACAGUAACAUUGAACAGGACAGAGACCCCUCUGCGUCCUGUGAAUCGGUAUCUGCAUUCUCAGCAUUCUUCUGGAGGUUGAUCUACACUGAACCCCCCCCCCCCCGACGCGGGUUGUUUAAAGCGUGGUGGUGGGUGAGGGGGGGGGGGGGGUUAGACGUGGGUUUUAAAAUGCCGCUUCAGAAGAUGAUGGUCUAGCAGACGUUGAGUUAUGGCUUGAGAUCGCCUCUCACACAGGCGGUGAAAGGUUGACAAUGGUGCCUUUGCAUGCAACACGGGCAGGGUAACAGGCACAGCUCAAUGGGGCCGGCUUAACGUCUCUACCCGGGCUUCACAGCCAUCGCCUCGGUGAAAGUACUUAAAAGUGCUUCAGAUGCAGAUCUUCCGUUUUCCGUCUGUGUGUGUGUGUGUGUACGUGCGUGCUUUUGCCUUGUGUUGAAUUUACGCUGGACAGUGUCAAUCAUUUGUGUACACACAGACAAAAGAAUGAGUGUCAGUAUUUUUUUAACAACUAUAAUCAAUUUAGAAGUUUAAUGUUUACAUGACAUUGAAAGGUUUUUUAAAAUGGGUGCAAAAAAUUGCAAUAUGGUUGCUUUGAAUUUACCGGCUUUGUAUGUUUGUAGAAUGUCACUGAGGAAAACUGGGGAAAUGUUUUUUAAUAGACCGAACAAUGUAGAGGAAAUGGAUUCUCCUUCCUUGAAUCACGUAUCUAAAGCAUUUCUCCACAACUUUGUCUCAGAUUUGAAUUAGACCAAAAGAUAGAAUUACACUUCCGAUGCACACACACUUUCUAUUGUAAAUGAUCUAUUUUUCAUUUUCGCCCGUCUGUCCGUCUGCAGUCGGUAUUUACUCAAGUGGCAGAAACUUUUGUCAAUGCAGCCUCUAUUUCCUAAAUACCUCGCCCGAGUCCGCCGUCCAUGGGGUGAACAGUGUAUUGUGUGUGUGUGUCUGAGCGUGAGUGUGUGUGAGCGCAUGUGUGUGUGUGAGCCUAUUGUACUGCACUGUGUAGAGGAGCGCAGCGAUAGAGCCAACGAGAGCUUGGAUCCCCCCCCGCCCGUCCCCCCGUCGCUUUAAGUCCUGCCCCUCGGAGCCAGCCAACGGCAGCUGUUCCAUAUUCAUCAAGCCCUUGAGUCUUAAAGAGCCCCAUCCUGACCAGGGAAAGACUCAUUCCUCUCGCUCGCUCUCGCCGGCUCUCUCCAUCUUAGCGCUCAUCCACUACUGCCUGGGCUGCUCUCUCUCUCUCCCUCCCUCUCUCUCUCUCUCUCUCUCUCUCUCUCUCUCUCUCGCUUGCUCUCUCCCCCCUCCCCUUUACCUCUCUACACCCCACCCUCACUCCGCCCCCAACCCGCCCCCCCCCACCCCCACCUCCGCUCUCCUCCCUCCCUCCCUCCCUCUCUCUCUCUCUAUCUCUCUCGCCCGCUCCCUCUUGCUCAUAUACACAUUCACUGACAUGCACACACUCACAUACGCUCAGAUGCCAAUUCUAUCUCUCUAGCAGCGCACGUAUAUAUGUAUAGAUACAUAUAUAUAUACACACACACACACACACUCGCACACUCUCAACCACACACACACGCACACACUUACUCCCAGCACACGCUGACCACGCGCACACACGGACACACACAUGCCCGCGCGACACCCGGCUCCGGUGAGAGACGUACCUGCGCAGGCUGGGCACCGCCGUGCUGGAGGGCUCGCUCCAUAGCGCCGCGUCUCGGGCCGCCGCGCCGUCAGUCGGGGGAAGAAGCCGCUGUCGAUUGUUUCCUCUUUCCACUUCCUCUCAUUCCUGGAAUGCUAAAACUGGACUGAUGGACAUUUCAGAACUUUGUCUCCCAGACCCCCUCAGCUAUCACAACCAGGCCUCGUUGUCCAAUUCAUUAGGGCGGUUUCUCAGUCCGCUGGCUACAUUGGAGCCUUCUCAUUUCUGGCUGCUGAAUAGGAUGGCCGCCGAUGACCGGCACCUCCCCUCCAGCUGUGGGUCCUACAUCAAGACGGAGCCGUCCAGCCCCUCCUCGGUGGUGGACACGGUCAGCCACCACAGCCCCAGCGGCAACUCGGACGCCAGCGGCGGCUAUGUCAGCGCCAUGAACAGUCACUCCAACGGCCUGGACUCCCCGCCCAUGUUCACCCCUGUCGGGCUGGGCGGCGCGGGCAGCUGCCGCAAGCGUUACGACGACUGCUCCAGCAGUAUCAUGGAGGACUCGCCCAUCAAGUGUGAAUACAUGCUGAACUCCAUUCCUAAGAGGCUGUGCCUGGUGUGCGGCGACAUCGCCUCGGGUUACCACUACGGCGUGGCCUCGUGCGAGGCCUGCAAGGCCUUCUUCAAGAGGACAAUACAAGGUGUGUGUUUUGGUGCUCUGGGUUGGGGGUGUGUUUGUGUGUGUGACCGUGUGGCUAGAGAACGAGAGAGAGCACAUGUGUUCGGCAAUAUUGUACAGCGCUUUGAGUGGACACUGGUUAGAAAAGUGCUGUAUAAAUGCAGCCCAUUUACCAUCUACAACCUCCAGUGUAUUCAUCGUGCUCUAAUCCUCCCUGAACGUUCCCCUCAUGUUGACGGCUGUGCCCUCCUACUUGCAGACUCCAUGCACAUAGAGGACAUGGAGGCGGUCCAGAAGCUGCAGGACGCUCUGCACGAGGCCCUCCAGGACUACGAGAGCAGCCAGCACCCGGAGGACCCGCGGCGGGCGGGCAAGCUGCUCAUGACCCUGCCCCUGCUGAGGCAGACGGCCACCAAGGCCGUGCAGCACUUCUACAGCAUCAAAGUGCGCAAGGUGCCCAUGCACAAACUCUUCCUGGAGAUGCUGGAGGCCAAGGUCUGAUGGGGAGGAUUGUGGGUUUAACCCCUGGCAACGGCCGAUGGCGAUCGCAGGGGAGGGAAGAGGGGAGAAGGGGUUCGGGGGUGGGGGGCU